AUGGCUCAGAACUUUUAUGACCUUUCAGCCAAGCUGCUGUCGGGUAACAAGUUCGAUUUCUCCUCGCUUAAAGGAAAAGUGGUGCUGAUCGAGAAUGUGGCAUCUCUCUGAGGUACGACGGUCAGGGACUACACUCAGAUGAACGAGCUCCACUCCAAAUACUCGGAGAAGGGGCUUGUUGUACUGGGAGUUCCCUGCAACCAGUUCGGCCAUCAGGAAAAUGCCAAUAAUGAAGAAAUCCUGAACUGCUUGAAGUACGUACUUCCUGGGAAUGGCUUCGAGCCUCGCUUCCAGCUCCUGGAAAAGAUCAACGUGAACGGCAAGGACGCUCACCCCCUGUUCGUGUUUCUUAAGGAGAAACUUCCCUACCCCAGUGAUAACCCUACGACCUUGAUGAACGACCCCAAGUUCAUCAUCUGGAGUCCCGUGCGCAGGAACGACGUCUCGUGGAACUUUGAGAAGUUCCUCAUCGGCCCCGAUGGGAAACCAUUCAAGCGCUACAGCAGGAACUUCCUGACCAGUGACAUUGAGGCUGACAUUAAAGAGCUGCUCAAGAAAGUGAAGUAA